CUUGAAACUACCCACCAAAGUUUCCUUACAAACUACGCUUCUUUCUCUCCAAAAACCAGUAUAUAGAUUAUAGAGGGUUUGGCAGCACAGAACACAUUUCUUUAUUUUUCAUAAAAACUUCUUUCAAUCUCUGAGUUAGAGACUUUUGUAGGUCAUAUAACCUCUCCUCCUUCCUCUUCAUCUCUGAACUUCCAUUCAUGUUCUAUCUAUAUAUUCUAUAGUUUGCCUUAUCUUCUCCAACAGUAUAUCUCUCUCUCUUUUGAUUCUUGUUAGGGUUUUAGUGAGGAUUUGGAGGAAUGGAAAACGUUUCCACUACUGCAAAAGAAGAUGAACAAAUAGAAUUGCCACCGGGUUUUCGAUUUCACCCGACUGAUGAAGAGCUUAUAACUCACUACCUAUCUCCAAAGGUUCUUGACGCCAACUUCUUAGCUGUAGCAAUCGGUGAGGUUGAUUUGAACAAGUGUGAACCUUGGGAUUUGCCAUGGAGAGCUAAAAUGGGUGAGAAGGAAUGGUAUUUCUUCUGUGUUAGAGACAGAAAGUACCCAACUGGUUUGAGGACAAACAGGGCUACUGAUGCCGGGUAUUGGAAAGCCACAGGCAAAGACAAGGAGAUAUACAAAGGGAAAGCGCUGGUUGGAAUGAAGAAAACUCUUGUUUUCUACAAGGGGAGGGCUCCAAAAGGAGAAAAAUCCAAUUGGGUCAUGCACGAAUAUAGAUUAGAGGGCAAAUAUUCUGGAUACAAUCUCCCAAAAACGGCCAGGAAUGAGUGGGUUAUAUGCAGAGUUUUUAACAAAAUAUCAGGUGGAAAGAAAACCCACAUUUCAGGGUUAAUGAAGCUAAGCCCCUAUGCUAACGAAUCGCGCCCUUCACUAUUGCCUCCAUUGAUGGAUUCUUCUCCAUACAAUAGUGAAAAAAGAACAGGGGCUGGUGAGACAUCUCACGUGACCUGCUUCUCCAGUCCAAUGGAGAACCAUAAGACAAAGGAACACAUGGUUGAUAACUUCAACACUGGUCUCUUAGCUGCUUCAUCUUCCUCAAAUCCUUCCUAUAUUUCCUCUGCUCCAAACUCUGCCUACCACACAAACAUGGGAAAUUUGCAAUACUCAGACACUGCUUUGAUGCAAGACCAAUUAUUCCGGAUGUUGUUUGAAAAUCAUGCUAUAAACAUGAAGCAGAAUAUGAAAGCAGAGUUCUCGCCUGAAACAGGCUUCAGUACCGAUAUGUCUUCGGUGGUAUCCAAUCAUGACAUGGCUAGGAGAUCAUUUGAGGAUCAAGACGAUCCAUCAACUUCUGGUGGACCAGUAGACAUUGAUUGUCUAUGGAAUUACUGAAUUUAAGGUUGGAAGAAAGUUAUGAAGAAAGAGAAGAGGAAAUGGUUCAGGAAAUUACUAUUUGUUGUACAAAAUUUGUGUUGUGUGUCUGUGUAUAGAUUCUCUGCAUACAAAUUAUUAUUAGGUAGUAAAGGAGGUGCAUGUAUUGUAAGAAAAUUAGACUUGUGCUUCCUUUUGGUUUUUGUAGCUUAUCAGCAUUAAACUGGUGACCUUAUAAUGGUGAAAUUUGCUUGUGUACAGAA